AUGCAGCAGUCCUUCUUCCAGGAGUAUUCCCAGGAGUGCCACAACCUAGAUUGGAAAAUGAUGCCAGACUAUUAUUCUCCAGUGAGUGGCAUUGCGCCAACUCAUCUGGGCAUCAGCUCUGAGGGCCAACAGCAGGCUGGGACAUUGAAUCAAAGCUUCUCUGGGGCAUCACUGCAGCUUGUACUAAUGAGGGUGUGGCGGCCUCUCCGAGACUUACGAGGACUUCGUGUCAGCUACCUCUCAACCACAGAGUACUUCAAAGUGGUGCUGGAAGUAAACAGUGAAUUUAUCGUGGAGGUGAAAGAAUUAGACAUUGAAAAUGGCACAACGACAUGGCAAACCGUCAGGCGGCAGAAGAGGGAGUGGAUCAAGUUUGCCGCCGCCUGUCGGGAAGGAGAGGACAACUCCAAGAGGAAUCCGAUCGCCAGGAUUCGCUCAGACUGCGAAGCGAACCAGAAAAUCACGUACCGCAUCUCCGGGGCAGGGAUUGACCGGCCACCUUAUGGUGUGUUCACCAUUAAUCCUCGAACUGGGGAAAUUAACAUUACUUCAGUGGUGGACAGAGAGAUAACUCCACUUUUCCUGAUCUACUGCCGUGCUCUGAACUCACGGGGGGAAGAUCUAGAGAGUCCUCUAGAGCUCAGGGUCAAAGUCAUGGACAUAAACGAUAACGCCCCCGUCUUUACCCAGAACAUCUACACCGCCAGCAUUGAAGAGAACAGCGACGCCAAUGCCCUAGUGGUAAAGCUAAGUGCUACAGACGCGGACGAAGUCAACCAUCUGAAUUCUAAAAUCGCCUACAAGAUCAUCUCUCAGGAGCCUGCAGGUGCCCCGAUGUUCAUGGUGAACAGGUAUACCGGAGAAGUCCGCACCAUGUCCAGCUUCCUUGACAGAGAGCAACACAGUAUGUACAACCUGCUGGUGAGGGGCUCAGAUCGGGAUGGAGCUGCAGACGGGCUGUCCUCCGAGUGCGACUGCAGAAUCAAGAUUCUAGACGUCAACGACAAUUUCCCUGUCUUAGAAAAGACUUCCUAUUCAGCAAGUAUCAAAGAGAAUUGUUUGAGUUCGGAACUGAUACGAUUACAAGCAAUUGAUCUUGAUGAAGAGGGUACUGAUAACUGGUUGGCAAAAUAUGUAAUCCUCUCUGGAAAUGAGGGAAACUGGUUUAAUAUUCAAACGGACCCACAAACGAAUGAAGGCAUUUUAGAGGUCGUCAAGAUGUUGGAUUAUGAAGACAUGCCUAACGUUCUUCUUAACAUUGGAGUCAAAAACCAAGCUGAAUUCCACCACUCUGUUGCUUCUCAAUUCCGGAUGCACUCGACACCCAUAAGGAUUCAGAUUAUUAACGUAAGAGAAGGACCCAUGUUUCAUCCAAGUUCCAAGACGUUCAGCAUACGAGAAGGAAUAGCAGGACAUUCCUUACUGACCCAUGUGCUUGGCACCUACACCGCCAUCGAUUUGGAUACAGGAAAUCCUGCGACAGAUGUCAGGUAUAUCAUAGGGCGUGAUGCAGGCAGCUGGUUAAAAGUUGAUUCAAGGACUGGUGAGAUACAAUUUUCUAGGGAAUUUGAUAAGAAGUCAAAAUACAUUAUCAAUGGGAUGUACACAGCAGAGAUCCUGGCUAUAGAUGAUGGCUCCAGGAAGACCGCCACUGGAACCAUCUGUAUUGAGGUUCCUGAUGUCAACGAUUACUGUCCAGUCAUCUACUCAGAAAGAAAUAUCAUCUGCACUAACUCUCCAUCAGUCCUCAUCUACGUCAGCGACUCUUCCUAUGGGCUUCCCUUCACCUUCUGUGUCUUGGACCAGCCACCAGAAACAGCUCACAUGUGGGACAUUAGAUCCAUAAAUGUGUCACCACUCUUGCUGCUCCUGUGCUGCUGCAAACGACGACAGCCAGAAGGCCUGGGGACCAGGUUUGCUCCUGUGCCGGAGGGGGGUGAAGGAGUGAUGCAUCCCUGGAGAAUAGAAGGGGCCCAUCCUGAGGACAGGGAUGUGUCUCAUAUAUGCGGACCCAUGACAGCCUCAAAUACCCAGGAUCGUAUUGAUUCUUCCGAAAUCUACACCAACACCUACGCGGCCGGAGGGACUGUGGAAGGGGGUGUGUCCGGAGUGGAGCUCAACACCGCGGUUGGGGCUGCAGAGGGCCUGGCGACCGCAGGGGCGGCAGCGGGGGGCUCGAGGAAGAGGAGCUCCACCAUGGGCACCCUGCGCGAGUACGCGGACACUGGCCUCAAUGUGGCCUUCCUGGACAGCUACUUCUCCGAGAAGGCUUAUGCAUAUGCAGAUGAAGACGAGGGCCGGCCAGCCAAUGACUGCUUGCUCAUUUACGACCACGAAGGAGUGGGGUCUCCUGUGGGCUCCAUUGGUUGCUGCAGUUGGAUUGUGGACGACUUAGAUGAAAGCUACAUGGAAACCUUAGACCCAAAAUUUAGGACUCUGGCUGAAAUCUGCUUAGACACAGAAAUUGAGCCAUUUCCUUCCCACCAGGCCUGUAUACCUAUCAGUACUGACCUGCCUUUGCUCGGCCCUAACUACUUUGUCAAUGAAUCUUCAGGAGCAACUCUCUCAGAGGCUGAAUUCCAAGCAGAAAUGGCAACAGCUGAACCAGUCAUUCAUGGGGACAUCAUAGUGACUGAGACCUACACCACUGCUGAGCCAUGUGUCCAACCCACUACUAUUGUUUUUGACCCACAGCUUCCACCUAAUGUUGUAGUAACUGAAACAGUAAUGGCGCCUGUCUAUGAUGUUCAGGGGAAUAUCUGUGUGCCUGCUGAAAUAGCCAACACACACAAUGUAUACUAUGCUGAGAGAGUACUGGCUAGCCCAGGGACGCCUGACAUGAGCAGUGUUGCCAUGGCUGAUGCUUGUAUGGGACCUAUGAUGAGUGGUGGUAUUUUGGUAGGGCCGGAAAUUCAAGUGACACAAAUGGUGAGUCCAGACAUUCACAUAAGUCAAACUAUUGGCUCUACCUCCCCAAUGACAUCUCGACAUAGAGUAACACGAUAUAGUAACAUACACUACUCCCAGCAGUAA